AAGGGAAACAACUACAGAAUUAAAACAAAAAAAAACCAAAAAAAAAAAAAAAACAAACAAACACGAUUCCAGUGUUUCGCAGUUUUAUCAUCAUAAAGAGAUUGGCUGGGAUUUAAAAAAGAAAAAUGUCAUCUCCAGAGGUGGAAAACUUUGAAAUAACAGAUGAUGAUGUGUACAAUUCAUUCAAUUUGCGACAGGGACGCAGACAGACAAAAAAUCAGGCUACAUAUGGUAUGUGGGCAGACAAUGACAGUGAUGAUGAGAGACCAGGUUUCGGUGGAGGGAAGAAAAAAUCUGAUUUUACAGCUCCAAUUGGCUUUGUCAGUGGUGGAAUAAAACAAGGAGAUAAAACUUUCAAACCGGGAGAAGAGGAAGUUGAUGAUGAUGAAAAUGAUGCUGACUUUGAUAUUGGAGAUAUUGCCAGGUUAAGUUAUAAAGGGAAGAAGAAGUCAAAAGAUCAGGGGUACAGGCGAGGUGUGUCAGGGACAGCUCCUACUAACAAGGGAGACAUAGGUGACUGGGAAAAACAUACAAAGGGGCUCGGAAUGAAGCUGAUGCAGAAGAUGGGUUUUGAAGUAGGUAAAGGCUUGGGUAAAAACAAACAGGGUAUCACAACACCAGUGGAAGCAGUGAAGCGUAAAGGUCAGAAAGCUGGUAUUGCCUUCCAUGGUUCAGAGAGAUCGGAUAGGUCAUUGAUAGAUUUUCCAGUACAGGAUCAGGAGGCACAGGAGGCAAAAGAGUUCAAGGAGCAGCUGUCACAGUGGAGAAAAGAACCAGAGGGUAAAAAGAAGAAGAUAAAGUAUGUAUAUAAGACAGCACAAGAAGCCAUUGAAAUUGGGAGCAGUAAGAAGAAAGGGGUCAAAAGUCAGAUGUCAAAUGUCAAGGUUAUUGACAUGACUGGUAAAGAGAAGAAAGUACUGACAGGUUACCAUACUAUAUCAAAUCGUCACGAUCGACCAGAUGAUGAUGAUGAUGACAUACCAGUGAUACAGGAGAAGUCGACAACCACGGCAUUCAGUAUGCCCGAACUGACACACAACCUCAACCUACUUGUUGAUAUGUCAGAGGAAGAUAUUGUACAGAAUGAUAGGAAGUUACGCCAUGAGAAGGAUCUGAUCGUGAACAUGAAGUAUGAGAAGGAAAGGCUUGAUACUGUCCUAGAGCAAGAGGAAAAACAGAUAGAACGUCUUGCUAAAGUGUUGGAGAUUAUUGGAACAUGUAAUGAGAGAACAAAUCCUGGAUGCUCUAACCCAGUGACUUUGGACGAAUGUUUGGCAAUAUUUCGAAUACUGCAGAAUGAAUUCUAUACAGAGUACAAGAUGUAUGAACUGGAAACCCUUGCUAUUGCCCUUGUUUUCCCUAUUAUGAGAGAACACUUCAAGAACUGGAAUCCCCUGGCAGACAAGGAGUACGGACUGUCAGUGAUUAAAGAAUGGCAGUAUAUUUUGGGAGAUCCGAACCAUGUAUAUGUCAAGGAUCAGAACAAUAUGGAUGUGUACCAGAGACUGAUCUGGGAUAUAUGGCUUCCUCAUGUCAGAACUGCUAUACUGAAAUGGAGUUGCAGACAAUGUGAUCCAGUGAUAGAGUUGUUGGAGACAUGGAUGCCAUUGUUACCAACUUGGGUGAUGGAGAACAUACUAGACCAGCUUGUGUUACCACGGUUGAUGCAGGAGGUCGAAAACUGGAACCCACUCACAGACACCAUGCCUAUACAUGCCUGGCUACACCCUUGGUUACCUCUCAUGGGAGAUAAACUUGAGCCACUCUAUGCCCCUAUCAGACACAAACUGGGAAAUGCUCUCACAAACUGGCAUCCUUCAGACAGUUCAGCCAAGGUGAUCUUGAAGCCGUGGCAGGGUGUAUUCCGAGAGGGUCACAUGGAGGUGUUCCUGAGGAAAAACAUCUUACCUAAACUAGAAAUGUGUCUGCAGGAGUUCCCUAUCAACCCACAUCAACAAACUCUUGAACCCUUGCAUUGGGUGUUAGCCUGGACAGAAUUGAUAUCACUACGCUACAUGGUUCCAUUAUUUGAGAAGUGUUUCUUUUCUCGCUGGCUACAAGUGCUCUGUACCUGGCUUGGCAACAUGCCAAACUACGACGAGGUAACCAAGUGGUACCUGGGCUGGAAAUCAGUGUUCACAGAGCAGUACCUCACACAUCCUGUCAUUAAAGAGAUGUUUACGAAGGCUCUUGAUAUGAUGAAUCGUGCAGUGUCUGGCCAUUUCCAACCAGGCGUGAAGGAAAAUAUGGCGUAUUUCACUCACACAGAACGAAGAAAUAUAGCAGAACCAAAUACAUCACGAUCCAGUUCUCCAUCUGUAGGGGGACCACUAGAGCCAAGUUUAAAAAGUACAUCAUCAACUUACCCAGCCAGUUUCAGGGAACUUGUUGAAAGAAAGGCUGAAGAGAACAACCUUGUAUUUAUCCCAAUUCCUGGGAAGACACAUGAAGCCAAACAAGUGUACCGGUGUGGGAGAGUGAGCAUGUAUUUUGACCGGAGUGUGGUGUUUAUGAUGGAUGAAAGCAACCAGUUUAUUCCUGUCUCUUUACAGAAGUUAAUUGAAACAGCGAAAUGAAAUAAAUAAGCUUUGUUUGUUUGGUGAUAGUAAUACAUUAACUCAUGUUGUGUUUAAAAAAGGAAGCAAACUGUGAAAGUUAGAGCAUAGAGAAAAAAUAUGUAAAUUGUAACUGUUAGAAGAAUUUCAUACAGAUGUUUUUAAAUGGAUUUAUGUUGCUUCAGAACUUCCAUUUCAGAGUGUCUCACAAUAAGUAUUAAGCAAUUGUCCUCUGUUACUGACAUAUGAUCAAUAAAACAUUUUUCAAAUCUU